GCAUUUUUUUUUCCUAUGAUGUUGAUGAAGAAGAUAGACUUUGUAGAGCUUUAUGGGCUGAUCCAAUCUGUCGAAAAAAUUAUGCACUUUUUGGUGAUAUGGUUUCUUUUGAUACCACAUUCAAAACAAACAGAUAUAAUAUGAUCUUUGGUCCAUUUACUGGAGUUGAUCAUCAUAAAAAAUGUGUUACUUUUGCGGCUUCUUUUGUAGCUCAUGAGGAUAUAUCAUCUUUUGAAUGGGUUUUCAAAACUUUUCUUAAAGCAAUGGGAAAUAACGAGCCUGUGUGUUUGAUUACCGAUCAAGACCCUGCAAUGAAAGUUGCUGUUCGUAAUGUUUUUCAAACUACAGAACAUAGGUUUUGUAUGUGGCAUAUUAUGAAAAAGGUGCCUGAAAAAGUAGGUCGGGCGAUUGCCCAAGACACUGAUUUCUUGAAAAAACUGUGUUCAUGUGUUUGGCAUUUAGAGAUUGAGCCGGCAGAAUUUGAAGAAAAGUGGAACAAAGUUAUUUCAGAAUUCCAUUUGAACGAUCAUGAAUGGUUGACAUACAUGUACAACAUACGUGAUAUGUGGAUUCCAGCGUAUUUCAGAGAUUUAUUUUUGGGUGGCAUUAUGAGAACCACAUCUAGAUCAGAAAGUGAAAAUAAUUUUUUCACUAUGUUCACAAAUCCCCAUCUCACUUUGAUUGAGUUCUACAUGAGGUUUGAAUGUGCAUUGGAUGCUCAAAGGCACACUCAAAAUAAAAUGGAUAAUGAUUCGAAGAAUAAGCGUCCGGAGUGUAAGACUCCAAUUCCUUUAGAGAAAGAUGCUUCUGAAUUGUUUACAACAACAAUUUUCUAUGAAUUUCAAUAUGAGCUUGAAAUUGGAUGUUUUAAUUGUGGUGUUGAGGAGAUGAAGAAGGACAAUGAGCUUUACAUUUUCAAUUUGAGGGAAGGAACUAGAAGGAGGACUUUUGAUGUUGUUUUUGAUCCAACUACCUUUGAUACCAAGUGUUUUUGUAAAAAAUUUGAACGUGAUGGUGUGCCUUGUAGGCAUAUGAUUUGGGUGUGGAAGGCAAGGAUGUUAGAAAAAAUUCCCAAGGCCUACAUUCUAAAUAGAUGGUGUACAAUGGCUUAUAAGAAGCCCAUUUUUGAUUUAGAGGGUAAUGUGUUGGAGGAAUGUAUUAAUGCAGUAGAUAAGAAAAUGUUAUUAAAUGAUUUGUGGUCUGAAAUUCAUGCUUGUGUGAGUUUAGUGCAAAACAAUGAAGAUGAUCUUAGUGAUCUUGUCAAAAAACUUCGAGCCAUGAGGGCAGAUUUGGAACAGAAGAAAACAAAUGGAAGCAACAAUCUUUCGAGCAAAGUUAAAGACAUUGAAAUGCUUAUUGGAGCUAGUCUACCUUCUAAUGUUUUAAUCAAACCUCCUAAAAUUUCGAAGAACAAAGGCACGGGGGUUCAUGUUCCAAAUCAGGUCAAUGUUCCAAAUGAUGUCCAUGUUCCAAAUCAGGUUCAUGUUCCAAAUCAGGUAAAUGUUCCAAAUGAUGUCCAUGUUCCAAAUGAUGUCCAUGUUCCAAAUGAGGUUCAUGUUCCAAAUAGUGACAAAAGAAUGAAGAGUGACAGAGAAAAGUCUAUUGAACAAAGUCAAAAGAAGAAGAGAUUAUGUAGAGCAUGUGGGGAGCUUGGUUAUCAUGAUAGUCGUAAUUGCCCUGGAAAAGUCAAGUGAUAUUGUUGGUGAAUAUACUAUUAAUCCAGUUGCAUGAGAUGUUAUAUAUUUAGAAACAAUAUCUCAUUUACUAGCACGUAAAAUAUU